AAAAUAGAGCUACAAAAAAUGAGGUGUGUGAUUAAUAAUUGAACAAACAUAAGUGACUAUUCCUAAUCAUAGAAAACAAAAUUAAACACUCAUCUUCAAUAAGAAACAUUACAAUACUACUCCAUGGAUAGCAGCAACUCUUACUCACCUAGCCCAAACCAAACUCGCCAUGGAACAUUACAAUACUACUCAAUGGAUAGCAACUCACCUAGCCCAACCCAAACCCCCACCAACCAUAUCAUCAACAUGGUAACCAUUGACAACAACCGCUUAGCAGCCAUCCAACAAAAAAUCAACACACCACCAAAAAUCCUAAGCAAGGCAGCCGGUCGAGCAACUUGCUCCAUCUUCAAAGUCCCAAAGAGUUUCAACGACGUUAACGGAAAACUCUAUCAACCACAAAUAAUCUCAAUAGGACCAUUCCACCAUGACCAACAAAAUGUCCAAAUGAUGGAGGAGCACAAGUAUCAUUACCUUGGUCAACUCCUAACUCGAACCAAACUCGCUCUUCCUGCACUCUUCAAUGCGGUCGCACCUCUUGUUGGCACCGCACGAGAGUGUUACUCUGAAGUAAUCACUUUUGAGGACCAACACUUACUUGAGAUGUUAGUUGUUGAUGGAUGUUUUAUUAUUGAGUUGUUUAGGAAAGUUUCUAAAUUAGUAAUGUUUGAAGAGGAUGAUCCUAUCGCUUCUAUGUCUUGGAUAUUUCCGGCGCUUUUAAGGGAUUUACAUUUGUUGGAGAAUCAAAUUCCUUUCUUUUUCUUGCAGUCUUUGUAUGAUUUUACUUGCGACGAUAAACAACAAAUUGGAGAUUUUACUCUUGCCACACUUUCAUUGGGCUUCUUCAAUUUUACCAUUCAGCGCCCCGAAAAGAUUAUCUCCAAGUUUAAGGAUCUAAAACCCAAACACUUAUUAGAUCUGUUACGAUCUAGCUUCAUCACACGAGAGUUAGACCCAGAAGACCCUUCAAAAGAAAACAGUGCUCCACAACAUGUGAUUCAUUCAGUUUCAAAGCUCCGACAAGCAGGAAUCCAUCUUAGACCCGGAAAAUCAGAAACAUUCUUAGCAGUAAAAUUCAAACGUGGUGUGAUAGAAAUGCCAAAGGUAACAAUGGACGAUUUCAUGAGCUCGUUGUUAGCGAAUUGUGUAACGUACGAGCAAUGCCACAACGGUCACUCUACAUACUUUACUACAUACGCAACGUUCUUGGAUUCCCUUGUUAACUCUGCUAAGGAUGUAGAGUACCUUUGUGACAAGAACAUUCUUGAGAAUUAUUUUGGAACAGAAGCUGAAAUUGCUACAUUUAUCAACAAUUUGGGUAAGGAUGUAGCAUUUGAUAUUGAUCAAUGUUAUUUGGCUAACUUGUUUAAUGAUAUUAACACAUAUCAUCAAAAUGAUUGCCAUGUUUAUUGGGCAACUUUGAAAUACACUUAUUUCAACACCCCUUGGUCCUUCAUAUCCGUCGUUGCUGCCUUUGUUUUGCUGUUUCUCACAAUUUUGCAAACGUUGUAUACUGUUUAUCCAUACUACAAGCCAGGAAAUUAGUCAAGUAUGUACUUACUACCAAGUAAUAGUGUGUCUCCACGUUAUUUUUCUCGUACAAUAUAGUCUUAGUUUAUUGGAUACAUGUAACAUUAGUAUAUGAAUCAUUUAUUUCCUCCGUUCAUUUUUA